AUGGCAACAGCGAAAAUUGUAUCGUUGACAAUUCGCACACUUGCGAAACCAAUUGCGACGCAAAUCAAGCAUCAGGCUGCGCAUCAUGAAACUUUUCGGAGGAUUUGUAUUGCUCUCGCCCAGCAUAUGCACCGGACUGAAGCUCGACUCCGACAAAACUUGUUGCCAGGUUCAGAGAAUUACAAAAUCCGCCCCCUAAAUGAUGCCAAGGCUAUUUCUAACGGUGCUAAUGCUAUCUCGGAAGGAUUUUUGUUUGCUGUAGCUGCCACCAUCAUUUUAGGUGAGACGUACCGCAGUAGCCGAAGUCGAGCAAACCAUCGUGACCAUGUGCAGGAAGAGUUGUCUCAGCUCCGCGCGGAAGUUGACCUAUUAAACAAACAGCUUCACGGAGAUGGUAUGCCUGACAGCACGUCACUCAUGGCAAGUCAGUCUCCAUCUUUACCGCCCUCUUUUCUCUCUGCAUCGCAGACAUCACAGUUGCUUCAGGCUGUGCAACUGUUAUGGACCAUCGCGAAGAAAAAAGGCUGGUUUGACGAGCAAGAAAACCUACCGGCUGAGUUCAAGUGGCUCUUAGAAGGAGAUAAUAAGCAAGAACCGGAGGACCGAGCUAACUCGGAUGAACUUACAUCGACCCUGACCAAUUCAAAAUUUGCCAAGGCAAGAGUUGAUGCUAUCUCCAAAGAAAUAGGAGAAAAUUUUUCUCAAUGUGUAUCACGUUCUGAGAGCUCGCAUAUGUCAUAA